AUGGCUGGGGACCUCGGGGACGAAAGCUCUCCGUUGUUGGGUGGGACCGCCCAGCAAACUCCUGAUCCACCAACCUGCUCUGCCACAACCUCUAUAUGUUCUAACGGCAAGGCCAGGGCUACGUCGUAUGAGAUUUUGUCGGAAUCUACACCACUUCUUGCCCAUCGAAGUAGUGAGGGUAUUCGGUAUUUAGAUGAUCGCGACACACCAUAUUCGGCCUCUCGUGAACCAUCCCCUGGUCCGUCAUCUAAACAAUGGAAAAAAUUAAGGAUCGUGCGACUGUUAUCUAUCGCAUUCAUCAGCCUUACGUUGGCAACAAUCGUUGUUCUGGGGCUGGGUUUUGCUGCUCCAGCUGUCUUCAAACAAUAUUCUGAACAGGCUGCUGUCUUUAAAGUAACUGGCUUGUCCAUCGAUUCAUUCACACCGGAUGGAGUAAAGGCUAGGUUUCAGGGUUCUUUUGUUCUCAAUGCGUCGCAGGUGUUGACGAAAUCUGUGCGCGAUCUCGGCCGCAUAGGAACGUGGUUGGCAAGAGAAAUUGAAAGUGACGAAACUGAAGUGCAGGUGUCUCUUCCAGAAUAUGGCAAUGUUUUGCUAGGAACUGCGACUAUUCCACCGAUAACAGCCAAUAUUCGCAAUGGCCACAUGAAUAGGAUCGAGUUCGUAACAAACUUGAAUGCAGGAGAUAUAGAUGGAAUUAGAAUUGUGGCAAAUGACUGGCUUCAAGGUCGCCUUGGCCAGUUGCGCAUUAAAGGGAUGGCAUCUGUGCGCCUGAGGUCCGGUAUUUUAUAUCUAGGAUCUCAUACCAUUUCGGAGUCGUUUGUUUUCCAAGGUCAAUAUUUGUACAGCGCUUUCAUAUUCCCUCCCCGAUUUAGACAUGUCGAGCUAACAAUUCUCGUAGACCAAGACCUUCCCGCUUUCCCUGAGUUUAACAUAACGAAACUGAACUUCCAUGAAAUCACGAACCCGGGAAACCAAAAAGCCAUGGUAGUGGACAUUUCAGUCCUUGUGCUUAAUCAAUAUCCUAUCACCCUUGCCGUGCCCCCGAUGGGCUUCAAAAUUUCAGUACCUAACUGUUCACCUGCGGACGCUUAUAUUCCAGUGAUUAACGCGACCACAGACCUUAUUCAAGUUAUCCCCAAUGAACCAGUGAACAUAUCCGCGAAAGGAUCUAUUGGAAGACUUCCGGAUGUUUUAACGACUGUUUGUCCCGGAACCAACUCAUCGCCUUUAGAUUCGUUGGUUGAAAACUAUAUACACGGACUCAAGUCAAAAGUUUACAUUCGUGGAGGGAAAUCCCCCUCAUCAACCUUACCGAGUUGGAUGGAAGGCUUCUUGAACAACGUUACCAUCCCUGUGCCUUUCUCCGGCCAUGCACUUGGCCGCUUAGUUCGGAAUUUCUCCAUGACAAAUGUCUAUUUUUUCCUACCUGAACCAUUUGCCGAACCGGACACACCUGAAGCGCAAAUGAGGGUUUCAGCGUUGGUCAAAGCAGUAUUAAACCUCCCUAGUGAGAUGGAUUUUCCUUUAAAUAUCUCUCGCGUUCGGUCUACUGCGUUUAUUUAUUACCAAGGAAAAGAACUUGGAUAUAUCAACUUAAAGAAGUGGCAACAAGCACAUGCAACUCGCAUCGACAACGAAACUAUCCCAUCUUCAGCGUUGCUCCUCGAGUUCGAUAUCAAAAAAGCACCACUACAAGUUACUGAUGGAGAUACUUUUACGGACGUUGUGCAGGCAUUACUAUUUAAGCACAAGCCUAUUCCUUUACAUGUGAAGGCCAAGGUGGAUGCUGAAACCGUCACUGCCCUCGGACAAUUCGUUAUUCGUGAUAUCCCAGCCAGUGGUAACAUCACUGUCAAGCCACCGGCAAGCAGAGGAUUGACCGACCUCAAAGUAGGCAUGGACGCUCUAAAAAUAGUAGAAACUACAGAAUCAUCUAUACUACUUGAAACAAAUCUAAACCUGACGAACCCGACUAAUUAUUCUGUUAUCGUCCCUUACGUUAAUCUGCUAAUUGCUCAUAAUGGCACAAACGUGGGCGAUGUCACUGCUCAAAAUCUAUCGAUAUCUCCAGGGCUCAAUGCCGGCAUUAAAGUAAAUGCUCUCUGGAAUCCAUUGCAGUUAGCUGGGGAUGACGGAGUUGCUGCAGGACGAGAUUUGAUAUCACGUUAUAUUUCUGGUUUCAAUACGUCUAUCACUCUCAAGUCAUAUGAAGGCACGAUUCCCGCGCUCCCUACGUUUGGUCUAGCAUUAUCCCCUCUGGAGUUUGACAUUCCGGUUCCUCAAUUCGGAGCUCCAGGGGAGGAUGAUCGCAAUCCAGGCGAUCAUGGUCGAUCGCAUUUCAUCAAAGAUGCAACGUUGCACUUGUGGACUUCGACGGCAGUGUUCACCCUAGCCUCGCCUUUAUCAUCAACCACACUUCUUAUUACCUGCAUUGAUGCAACGGCCUUCUACAAUCACAGUGAGCCGGCAGGGACCAUCAAGUAUGACCUACCAUUUGCGGUGCUGCCUGGAAUAUCUGAAACUCCCCGACUGCCGGUGGACCUGAAUUUUGGCGGUGCAGGAUACGAAGCAAUUCGCCAGGCGUUGGGAGGGACGUUGAAAAUGGAUGCUGUCGCUGACAUUUGUGUUCAGCUUGGAGAGUAUUCGGAUGAAGUGUCCUACAAAGGUAGGGGGAUUAGCGCAAAGAUUCGGAUAUAG